GUUGCCGGCAAAUUAUUAUAUUACUUACCUGGAUUUACAAUUGAGAAAACUUCACCUUUUUUUUCUCCUGUAAGAAUUUAUAAAUUGUUUUCCGCUUAAUAUUGUAAUUGGAUUUUGGAGUUUUAUUUAUCUCUGGAAUUUUCAUUGUGAAACUGGAAUGAGAUUGGAAUAAUAGUGUUGAUGAUCGAACUUUGGUUGGAAAGGUGAUGCACACUAUAUCCCAGACCAGAAAUUCUUACAGAUUUCAAGUGAAAGAAAAUGAUGCUUUACUUACAAAUGUGAUAUUGGGAAUAAAAUUUGUUAAAUUCGUACCAUUGAUUAGGCAGGACUUGCAAAUCAAAUAAGUGAAAUAAUAGGUGAAAAAAGUGUUAAAGUUUCUAUAUAAAUUUCUUUGUUAUAAAAGAAUAUAAAAGGAGAGUGUUAAAGAAUCUGAAAUUUGAUUUUGUCAUUUUUCGAAAAAGAAAAAAAAACCUGGAUAAGAAUUGAUAAUGGCUAGGAACCGGCCCCAUCAAAAUGUGACACGGAACCGGAAAAUAGGAAACCGUGGUAAAAUGCCUCAAUAUAAUCUAAAAUGGGGCGUAGAGGCUGACGAAGAAGACAGUUUUAGUGGGUCACAAGAUUCGAACUUUAGCCAGCAGUCCUCAGAUGUCUCCCUGGAUGAGGAGGUAGAAGCAAUACGCAGUGAAACCGCUAAACAGGCCCUGGCCCAGCUCGAUAAAGCACGGUUAAAGCCAGUAGCGUUUGCUGUUAGAACAAAUGUAUCAUAUGAUGGCACGGGUGGGGAUGAAAAUUCUCGUGCUCCGGGUCAAACGGUGUCUUUCCAAGUAAAAGAUUUCUUACAUAUAAAAGAGAAAUUCAAUAAUGAUUGGUGGAUAGGUCGGCUGGUAAAAGAAGGUUGUGAUGUGGGGUUUAUACCCAGUCCUGCCAAACUAGAGAGUAUUAAACAGCACUUGAGUGGUUCCAGCAGGUCCAAAAAUAACCCAACGAAGGGAUCUGCAUCAUCACAAAAUAUACCUGUAGAAUCUUUGCUGAGAACUAACUCAAGGGAAUCUACUACCCCACCCACUCCAGGUGUAGAUCAGGAGAAUGGAGCUGACAGUGUAGAUGAUAGUGAUAGUCUGGGGAAUUCUGGCUCAAAGAAGAGUAAUCUUACACCUACCAGUGCUGCGCCAAGUUCUGCUGGCCAAAAAGACAAGAAAAGACCGUUCUUCAAAAAGUCGGACAAUAUUUCUCCGUACGAGGUAGUGCCUUCGAUGCGCCCCCUGGUGUUGAUUGGCCCGUCAUUAAAGGGGUAUGAAGUAACAGACAUGAUGCAGAAAGCACUGUUUGAUUACCUCAAGCACAGAUUUGAUGGCAGAAUAAUCAUAACUCAUGUAACAGCAGAUAUCUCGUUGGCCAAGAGGUCGUUACUUAACAAUCCUAACAAACGAGGACUGAUGGAGCGGGCUAAUAGUCGAGGCUCAGGUUUAGGUGAGGUGCAGAAAGAGAUAGAGCGUAUAUUUGAGUUGGCGCGUUCGAUGCAGGUUGUAGUGUUAGAUUGCGAUACCAUUAAUCACCCGUCACAACUCGCUAAAACUUCUCUGGCACCAAUUAUAGUCUACCUGAAGAUUGCAUCACCAAAGGUUUUACAGCGUUUAAUCAAAUCUCGUGGAAAGUCACAGAGUAGGAAUAUGAAUGUACAGUUAGUUGCUGCUGAUAAAUUAGCACAAUGUAGUCCGGAUAUGUUUGACGUUAUACUCGAUGAAAAUCAAUUGGAAGAUGCUUGCGAGCAUUUAGCGGAAUUUCUAGAGGCUUAUUGGCGUGCGACGCACCCUGCAACGGGAGUACCUCAAUCCCCACGUAGAGACAUUCACUCACCUACCCACCUUUCUACUCGAGCACCACAUGUGACUAAUCCCCAUUUAAAUCCCCGUUCUCAUUCUUCAGACACUAGACCAGAAUCCCCAAAUGUUCCGAGAAGGGGACAUAGUGAAUUUCAUCGUGAUCGUCACCACGGUAUCGGGGAUACUCACGAUAGACCACAUACUACUCACGGGCCACACACGAGUGUCCCGGAUCGUUCGCGUACAGAUCAAAAGCAACAUGAAUUUGAAUCUAAUAUAGAAUUUGAUAAUGUUCGAGAUAGGGACUCGCAUAGAAAUUACAGUGGCCCAGGUGGGUCACAUGACCGACAGUUUGGCAAUUCUCCACGUGGUGGACGACACGUCUCGAGAGAAGGAACUAUAGAUAUUUAGUGAACAAAAGUGAAAGAUGUUCGAAAACAUCAGUUAAUAAAGUUUUUUACUAAGUAAAUGCCAAUUUUAUCUUUCAUUUUGUGACUGUAUUCUGACCAGGAGGGGUCAUUGGAGUCGAGGUUGGAGAGAUAAAAAAAGGAUGCACUAAGUUUCGCAAAAUUUUAAUUUUGACCUUAUUUGAUUAUGGCCAUGACCUUUUGAAUGAAAUUAAAGGUCAAAUGAUUAAAAGUGAAAGGUCACUCAAGUUCAAGGUCAUUUAUUUUGGAGUUGGAAUGAGGGUUGUGUAUGGAGGACAACUUUGUUGUGAAGAAAGCACUGUAGAUAAAAUACAAAGAUUUUUCCCCAGUUUUCUCUGUGCUUUACGUGUGGCAAAAAAAGACUUUGAUUUAAGAAAAAGUGUUACGAAUGGUCGUGAAAACAGCCAGGAACGAAGUGGUUCAAGGAUAUGUAUGAUCUAGAGGCAGUAUUGCCCUUUUUCAUGGAAAGACUACAAACAAAAAAGACCUUUUCUAAUCCAAGUUCUUCUGUUAUGUUAUAAAAACCAUUGUUGUAGGAUUUAUGUAUGACAAAAGUUUGUUUUUGAUGUUGGUUUCUUUCUUUAUGUAUAGAUAAGUGAAAAACAGCUAAAAGAAAAACUGUUUAUAAAAAGAAAUGAUAAUAAAGAUAAAAUUAAAACCUAUGAUAGAACGUGAAGCAAGAAUUCAGAAUAUAGGUUAUUUUAUUCUCAGAUGAUGACUUGAAAUGUUCAAGACAGUAGCUCGUUUCAAGUGAAAUAAUUCUAAAUGACCAAUACCUGACCUUUGGAAAAUAUUAAGAUUUUAAAAAAAAAGGGAAAAGAGGAAGUUUAAAAUUUUUUACAAGGAUACAUAAUUUAUUUCACUUAAAAAAUCACAAAUUUAACUUUGUAGAUAAAUUUUUUUUUCCCGUCAGAUUUCAAAGACGUAUUUAAUUGAAUAUUUUGUGAAGGAAAUUAAGGGUUUGAUAUGGCCACAGAUCACAUUGGUUUUUUUUGGUUUUUUCAAUCUAAUAGAGCACCUUUUUACUGUUUUUGUAUAUAUUGUCUACGAGUUGUAUAUAUGUAUGCACGCCGACUCGAUCAAGAUUAUCUUUUUGAAACUGUUUGCAUGUAUGUAUGUUUUUUGAAGUUUUUUUUUUUUUCGUUUUGAAAGAUGUAGAGAAUAUAAAUACACAUACAGUAAACUCGGCUUAUAGCGAUAUCCAGGUGACCGCAAAUUUAUAUUGUUAUGUUCGGAUAUUGUUUUAUCAGACAGACAACCAAUUUGAGAACUAGAGUCAGGACUGUAGCAACAGCAUUGUUAAAAGCGGUAUAUCAUUGUAAGCGGUAUAUUGAUAUAAGUGAUAUUGUUAUAAGUGAUAUCGAUAUAAGUGGUAUAUCAUUAUAAGCAGAAUAUCAUUAUAAGUGGAAUAUCUUUAUAAGUGGUAUAUCUUUAUAAGCAGUUUAUCAAUAUAUAUAAGUGGUAUAACGUUAUAGUCAAUAUUGUUUUAAGUGGUAUAUCUUUAUAAGUGCUGUAUCUUUAUAAGCAGUAUUUUGUUAUAAGUGGAGUUUACUGUAGUCGUUAUAUUUCAUGUAAAAGUUUUUUUUUACAUAUUUAAUAGCUGAAAAAAUAAAAAGAACUUUUUUUCUUGUCUGAAAAGUCUAUAACAAACAUGGCUUAUGAAAAUUGAUUUUGUUUGCAUGUGCAAGUUAUACACAUAAUAAAAUUUACAUAUGUUGCAUAUGUUAUACCCAUGUGUAAUAUAUGUUACUCAUAUGUGUAAUGUAGGUUAUACAAAACAUGUUUUGUGUAAAAUAUAUACAAGAUUUUCAACAUACUGUGUUUUGUACACGAUAGUUUAUUAAGUAUUUUGAGAUGUCUACUGAAAAUUCUAGGUAUCAUGGCAACCCCCAGGUAUCAUGGCAACCCCCAGGUAUUAUUGCAUCAAAGAUAUCAUAGGUUCUAGGGGCGUCCAUUGCAAAGUGGUUAAGGUCGUUGACUUCAACAACUUGCCCGUCAUAGCUCUUGGUUCAAAUCCUGACUGGGAUUUAUUCAUGUGAAGCUAUCCAGCUAAUAUACAAUACGUCAGUGGUUCUACUCUGAUGGUUGUUUGUGCCUGAAAUAAUGCAUGGAAGGGGCACCUGAGGUUUUCCUUCCACGAGUAAAGCUGGAAAGUCACCAUAUGAUAUAUACUGUGUUGGUGUGACAUAAAACCAAACCAAGAAAAAAUAUAUUUUUUAAAGGUUCUAUAUGCUUGGGAAGAACCAUUUAUCCUCGUAUGGCAUCAGUGCUGGUUAGUUUCAGGAUUCAGACUUGGGAAUUGUUAAAAGAUGAGACCCAGGCUCUCAUCAGAAUUAAGCUCAAAUUAAUAAUUGAAUAACUUAUAUUAAACACAUGUCCAACGCAAAAUAAAACACUACAUUGUCACAUGGUACAAAUGCAAACAAAAUCAAAAAAAGCAAAUAUUCUCGGAAUAAUUUUUUUUUGAAUGCAUGUUCGAAGAUAUUUGUUAAUCUGGAUUUUUAAAUAUUUGUAAAUCCAGGUUUUUCUGUAUGUUUGGUAAAAUUGUUAGUAUGUGCGAAAGUUUUUGUUACAUGAUUAUGUUAUAUAUAUAUAUUAAGAGAGUGUGACAUAUGUAAUCGUUAUAUUUGGUAAACUGCUAGUAGACGUGUGUAAUAAUUACACAUACAGUCAGCAUUUCAUACCAAUUCAAACAGAGAUUACCUUAUUUGAAACACGUACCUUGUCGAUUCAAACAUAAAUAAAGCUUUAAAAAAAAUUCAUAAGUGAUAAGAAAAAAAAUCAUGAACAGAAAGUCUAGUUUAGUGGACCCUAGAAACGUGUUUGAUAUUGUUUAUGUAAGC